AUGCUCAACGAUAGACUGUUUAUCUAUGCCAACACUGGAGACCAAACCAAUCACUACCUCCAUGCCUACCUCGGCAAAACCUCACUGAACAUGAGCAGGUACCAGCGGCUUGCGGUGGCGGCGCACUCAAGGUUUCUUGAGCAUAGACAUUUGGUCGACUCUGACACCGACGACUGCCCAAGCACUCCCAACAGCAGACUACUCUGGGUAGUCUAUCGAUGCAAGGCGGGAAUGCGGAUCAGACCAUCACGGUACUUCAAGCAGGUACCAAUCACUCACUUGCGCUUUGCAAAAAGCUUCAAUCAUCCUCUUGCCGAUCGAUUAAUCCCAAGCAGUGUUUGUGUCCUGACAUUUGGAAAGUACUUCAAUCAGCCAGUACCACGUCUUCCGCAAGGGCUCACAUCGCUGACCUUUGGACGCGACUUCAACUGUGAGCUGACGCCAGGCUUGCUCCCAUCGAUCAAAACCUUGGUCUUUGGCAUGUCCUUUAACAAGGCGCUCCGACAUGGCUCGCUCCCUGACUCUGUCACCAGGCUGAAGUUUGGAGAGGCCUAUAACAAUGGAGAGAAGUCGAACUCGCGUUCAAUGGAUUGUCUUCCACCAGGCGUCAUCCCAUCAGCUUGGAGACAACUUCCCACACCCCUGCCUGCCGGCUUGAUUCCUGGAUCGGUGCGACGCUGA